AUGAACCAUCCCACAUUCCCACCCAAGUCUCCUCUUGGCCAGUUUCAUAGCUACAAUUCAAGAACAUGAAUUCCUGGUAUGAAUUCGAAGGUGGCGCCGAGCCCGACGUUUUCUUCGAUGAACUUAGGAAGCAAGUCUUACAAUUGACAGCAGAUGAUGAUGAAGAGUUUCCGGGAUUAAUGAAAGGAAGCAGCAGAUACCUCAAAAACCAGAGAGGCCCAAAUAACAAGUCAGUGGUGCAAGUUGGAUGUGAGUAUGAGUGGACAGGCAGCAUGGAUAGAAGCAAAGUGCCUCAGUGGCUACUAGACCUGUGGAGAACAGAGAACAAAGAUUCAGCAGCAAUGUUCAAUGGAACUGGGGUGUUCAUACCACAUAUUGUCAACACCAGAAGAAGAUCCAAACCAAGGAAGAAGAACAAUGAAAGAGGAAGAGUGUACAAGCCAGUGGCUAAAGUCAACUAAUUCAUUCAUUCAUUCAUUCUAUCUGUAUCCUAUUGCCAUCAAGAAGUGAAUAAUAUGUAUCUUUAUUCUUUUGUGUAAAUACGAAGAUGGAAAUUAAAGAAUCGAAUAUUGUUUUUGUUGCUUCUA